AUGUUCUCUGAAUAUGCAUCCAGGUUCCUCGCACAGUCCCAGUCGCGUAUUAGUUUUGCGCCAGCAGAAGAGCGUCGAUCUGGCAAUGGUCAGGGUGGUCGGCGCCAGAAUACAACGUGGAGGUCAUCCACCGCCUCUAGGGCACUGAAUUCACGCGCACCAAAUCCCUACCAGCCAACCUCGUCACAGCUCUCUGGUUUCCCAUUUGCUUCCCGUCUGAACCCUCAGCAGGCUCCUCUUUUCUACAGCGCCACGGAUGAAUUUCGUGAGGACAAUGACGAGGAGGAACAUGAACGAGAGAUUGCCGAUUACUACGCACUCCAGCGCUCACGACGGCAAUUAGGGGCUAGCGACCUCAAGGCUUCUUCUGAAGCAGGGGAUGGAAGUGGAUCUAGUUUGAAUGGGGCAACAAGCAGCCACAGUGACGAGCACCAUGAGCGUAUGUUCGGAAGAGGUGGAGGUAUCAGAAGCUCAUGGCACGGCAAUGCACCAAACGUCAGACGCAAAGGACCGGAGCUGGCAGAUCUUGCAGAGUCCACAGAAUCACACCAGGGACUCGCAGAUUCAAACCUUUCCAGAACCCGGAUGGUCGAUGUUGGUUUGGAAGACACCCUAAGAAGUGAAGAGGACGAUGAACCACCGGACGACUUAAUGGAGGAUCCCCCUUCAGUUCAACAGUUACGGAAGCCUGAUCAUGCGGUCAAGGAUGAGUAUGACUCGGAAGAGUCCGAGAUGGAGAGCAACCAACAACGACUUCUAGGCCGCUCACGGAACGCCAUCAGCCCAGCGGAAUCCCGACCAGGCGGUGUGCAACUUGUGAUACAUCAGCCAAGGCAUGACCCCUUCUGGGGUCAAGUCUAUCUUCUUUCGCUGGCAGCCAUGUGCACGACGUGGUUUCUUGUCUAUCUCCAUACGCAGUCACCCCGCGCCAAUCAACCCUUGGGCGACACCAUUUACACCGCCCUGCACGGAUCCUUUUACCUGUUAGCGACUUAUACCUUUGUAGCGACGUUUCUUUCCUUGUUUUGGCUCGCCGCCCUCCGAUCAUAUGUUCGAUAUCUGGUCUACGCCAUCCUGGUUGCAGUACCAGUAAUCCUGUACUCCUUUUCCCUCUAUCCGCUCAUUUCCAGCUACAAGGGCUCGUGGCACGGCUCCAGUCUCCAGGAUACAAUGAUGAGGUGGACUUCCCUAAUCCCGGCGGCGCUGGCGACCCUGUGGAUAUUAGCAAUUUUCAGAGGCAGAAUGGCCAUGCAGAAAGCCAUCUCAAUCCUGGAAUUUGCGACCAGGAUUCUUGCAGCCAACCCAACCCUAGUGCUGGUCGGAUUUUCGGUUCUCGGUUUCAUCGUCACUUUCACUUGGGCAUGGUUGUCUAUGUUCACCAGAGUUUUCCUCAGUGGACAUCCUUCCACCCGCUCGACCAUUAGCAAAUUUGUCAUCGACACGUCCACCUGGUGGUUAGGGGUUUAUUUCAUCGUGGUCUAUCUUUGGACAAUUGCGAUCGCUUUUGGAAUGCAGCGCACGAUCACCUCGGCGACGGUGUCACAAUGGUAUUUCCAUCGUCUGGCAGUGCCGGCUCCCAGUCCUCAAGCCGUUGUUAAAGCCGCCCUCUAUCAUUCUGCAACGACGCUUUUCGGAACCAUAUCAUUGUACACCGGUUUGAGCCUGCUGGUGAGGCUACCUUUAUUGGUGCUGCCCCGACGGCUGACCAUGCUUCUGGGGGCCGUGAUGUACUCAUUCAUUCCGAGUCCAAUUGUUGUCCUCAUCAACCCGCUCACGCUUACAUACGCCGCGAUUCAUUCUCAGCCUUUGAGUAUCAGUGCCAGGGGAUUAUCCCAGAUGCAUUUCUUGACGCCGAGUGCCCCCAGCACGGCUCUACACCCUCGCACAUUUUCCCGUCAUCGGCGAAAUGAUGGAUGGACCAGUGACUCGGCGCCCCUUCUGCCAUACCGACUGGCCAAGCUUAUCCUCCAUGCAACCCGAGUUAUCAUGUCACUUGCCUUGGGAUUCGGCGGAUGGGUUACCAGCGCGAGAUCUUUGAGGAUUGACGGGGCCGGCAUGCGAGGCAGCCUCUACGCUUACAUUGUUGGCCUGAUAGCCGGAGCCAUCGGCUGGGGCAUACUCGGAGCCAUGGAGGGUGUUCUCGCAUGCAUAGUAGAUGCAGUGAUUGUCUGCUGGGGCACUGAAGUCGGUAGUACUGGCACGGGGGAAGUCAGAUAUUGCAGGGAGGCAGGAGACUUAUUUGGCGACAACGAAGACAGAAUCGGAGGACGCGUCAGUCUAGCUUGA